ACACUCAUUUUCCUUCCCUUUCACGAGCCACGUCAUUCCUUCACAAAGACCACCUUAUAUACUACAUAUCCCUUCUCCCACCUUCCUCAACUCAAACCUCUAAACCACCUAAGAAUUCUUUUACAUCCAUUUUUUUUUUUUUUUUUUUUUUGCUUCUCCAUUGGAAAAAUGGAGGCCAAAUAUUUGUGUACGUUUUUAACUAUACUUGUAACGCUUAUUUUUGUGGUUAAUAGUGAAGAGUCAGUUAAGCCAUUGGUUAAGGUAGUGAAGGGCAAGAAGUUGUGCACCAAAGGGUGGGAAUGUAAGGUUUGGUCGGUUUAUUGUUGUAACCAAACGAUCUCGGAAUAUUUCCAAGCCUACCAAUUCGAGAACCUCUUCUCUAAGCGCAACUCGCCCGUGGCACACGCCGUCGGGUUUUGGGACUACCACUCCUUCAUCACCGCCGCCGCUCAGUACCAGCAUCUCGGCUUCGGUACCACCGGAGGAAAGUUCGCGGGGAUGAAGGAGGUCGCGGCUUUUCUUGGCCAUGUUGGCAGCAAAACCUCAUGUGGAUAUGGAGUGGCCACUGGGGGACCGUUGGCCUGGGGACUAUGCUACAACAAGGAGAUGAGUCCCAGCAAAUUAUACUGUGAUGACGACUACAAGGACACUUUUCCCUGCACUCCUGGAGUUUCUUAUCAUGGUCGUGGUGCCUUGCCUAUUUACUGGAACUACAACUAUGGAGAGACAGGACAAGCCCUGAAGGCGAAUCUGUUGGACCACCCAGAGUACAUAGAACAGAAUGCCACAUUGGCCUUCCAGGCUGCAAUAUGGAGGUGGAUGACCCCAGCGAAGAAGCACCAGCCCUCAGCUCAUGAUGCUUUCGUUGGCAACUGGAAACCAACCAAGAAUGACACCUUGUCGAAGCGAUUUCCCGGCUUCGGCAGCACGAUGAACGUCCUCUACGGCGACUCGGUCUGCGGUCAGGGCGAUUCGGAGGCCAUGAGCAACAUUGUGUCGCACUACUCGUACUACCUUGAUCUCAUGGGAGUUGGCAGGGAGGAGGCUGGCCCUCAUGAUGUCCUUACUUGUGCUGAGCAAAAGCCUUUCAACCCGACUUCUGACUCUUCGUCCUCUUCUUCUUCUUGAUCUUGUUUUGGGAUGGUCACUGAUAAGAUCAUGUGAAUUUUCUCCAAUUCGUUGAGACAAAAUCCUUUUUGAAGAAAAAGAAUCAAUAAAAAAAUGUACGUCUUUUGUGUGAAGAUAAAACUAAAGCUUGGAAAUCAUGUGUAUAUAAUUGGUAUAUAUACUCUUGUUGUCUUGAGUUUUGUGAUUUACAAAGUACUGAAAUUUUAAUCUUGUAUGAAGUAUGUUUUCCGUUAU